ACACACACACACACACAGCAUUUCAAAACCUAAUGGCGCCAACGGAGGAUGCAGGUUUGAUUUAAAACGCAUAUUAUUUUUGACGCAUGGAUACAAUGGUUGAUUAUUGUUUCUCCAAAAGUGAUCACUCGUCAUUAAUCGGAUACAACAGAGUAAAAGGCAUCAGCUUGUAAAAGUUGUUUGAACUUGCAGAAGCUGAGCGCACGCUCGAGACUUUUCCCACAGAGGUUUGAGCGCAUGGAGCGCGCGCUCAUGAACCGAAUGGAUUCAGAGCGUUGGCUUCUUCGCUUCUGGUGAAACGGUGUCUUUUUUUUUUUUUUUUUUUUUUUUAAACGAACCCCACCUCCUCUUUCACCGCCGCUGGAUUUCUCUGUUUUCGUUCGGAGAGGCCGUUCAAAUGCUGGAAUGGAUCGGCGUUGUUUGUGUCCUCCUCUUGGUGGCCACGGUCUGGCCAGUGCUCAAGCAUUUGGGAGCGUUUUUAAGGGGGCCUGAAAUCGCACGAGGAGAAAGGAGCGCAUCGAAGCCUGCAACCGGGACAGAGACUAUUAAAGCGCACGAGCCGGCAGGUGAAUCAUCAGCCCCUGUCGCGUUCAUCUGCAAACCCUCGGCACUCGCCAAAUACUUGCUCAAACACUGCUCGAGCUUCUGUAAAUACGUACCGUGCCCGGCGUGGCACUGGCGUGCGAGUCCGUGCUUACAGACAGUUUUGGGUGCUCUCUGGCCGCACGACUGCGCCGUGCAUUUCAUCCGAGAUUAUUUACAGCUGAGUGACGACGGCCUGGUAGCUCUAGAUUGGGCUGUUGUUGGUCCAAAGAGGAGGAGGACUUCAAGCAAUUCCUCUAGUCCCGUUCUUCUGAUCAUUCCCAACUCUUUCGGAAAGCUCACCAGGAACGUAUUACAGCUCUGUGAGGCAGCUCUGAAUCAUGGCUACCUCCCAGUGGUGUUUAACCGGCGCAGUCAGAAUGGUACGCCGCUCAGCACCAUCAAACUACAAGAGUUUGGUGACCCAGCUGAUCUGCGUGAGGCGGUACGUUAUAUCCGCUACCGCCAGCCUACAGGCCGUGUCUAUGCAGUGAGUGAGAGCACUGGCUCAGGCCUUCUCCUAUCUUACUUGGGAGAGUGUGGCUCCUCAAGCUACAUGACUGCUGCUGCCUGCCUGUCACCCAUCUUCCGCUGUCAGAGCUGGUUUGAGAGCGGUCCUGGCUGGCCCUUCCACUGGGUCCUCCUGCUUUAUCAGAAGGUCUGCCUUAGCAGGUACAGAACAGUGCUGGGGGAGCUGAUCCAUGUCGACAGCCUGUUCUCCAGCCGCUCACUCAGGGCCAUGGAAGAGGCACUGUUCUGUCAGUCCGGUCUGAAGAAGGCGCCAGCUGAAGGAGCCUGGGAGGCAUACUGGGAACGCAAUGACGCAUUGAGGGACGUGGACGAGGUGGCAAUCCCUGUGCUGUGCGUGUGCAGCCGUGACGAUCCGAUCCGUGGUGAAACUCGGUCCACGCUACCCCUAGAGCUGUUUGAGAGCAACCCUCACUUCUUCCUGCUGUUGACAGAAAGCGGAGGCCACUGUGGCUUCUCCACUGCCAAUGAAGGCUCUGUGCUCUGGAGCCACGAAGCUGUUCUUGAGUUCUUCAGGGGAACCAGCGACUUCUUUGCAGCUGAAGAGAGGGCCAAGGUGUCCGCCAGGCGUCGUGGUGCAAACCUCGGUGCUAAAUCUUUCCGCCAUCGCAGCGUGAGCAGCUACAAAAGGUUACCAGUCUGCUCACAUGACAUCCACACCAUCUACAACUGGCAGAGGUCUUACACCAGAUGAUGAUUACUGACACAGCAUGGAGGAGGUUUUUUUUUUUCUUUUUUUUCAAAAGAAGUAAAUAUAUCAGAACAUAUGAGGUAUAUGUCAGAUAUCUACAUACAUAAGACGGUACAUGUGAAUGAGUUGAGAACAUUAGUUUAAAAAAAAAGCUAAUGAAGUAGUCAUGUAACAGAACUGUGUUCCAUGAUUUACAUGGUGCUUCCUGUAUCUCAUUCCCUCAUCUAUUCCUUACAUUCAUCUGGACAGCGGCUGUCUGUCGCUGAUCUCACUGCCAUUACAACAUCCUGCAUGUAAAAUGAUAAAAACAGAAUUUUCCAUGAGGUAACGCUCUCAGUAUGUGCAGCUUCUGGAAGGUGGAGCAAUGAGCUGUAAUGUUAUCACAAGGCCAUUACAUUUGUGCUAUAAUUCUUUGAGCCUGCUGGGAUAUUUAUAAUUGCCUUGUUGUCUGACAUGUUACGUGUCGUUAAGUAGUUGUCGGAACUACUGGGGUUUUGUUGACCACACUAAGGUUGCAGGGUUGUGGUGUUGUUCUUGCUUUUGUCACUGAAUACACUGACAUGCCAAUCUUUUUACAUUUUAAUCUAUAACACAAUGUUUAAAUUAUCUACAUGCUCGAUGAAAGAGGUUAAUUAAAAUCAUAUACUUGAGAUUUACUUUUUUUUUUUUUUUUUAAAUCAAAACUGUAUUGUAUGUGAAGGUUUGUACAG